AGAGGGUUGAGAAGGAGAGAGCUGGGAGCAGGCGAGGUUAUGCCAAGAUCCAGCCCAGCCCAGAGCUAGUGUGUUGUACACAGCGCUGCCGGACCUCGCUCACGCCGGUCAGUCUCAGACCGCGGGCCACCUCCACACAGCUGAACAUGGGCGCUCUCCUCUUACUGGCGACCUACUACCUGACCCUUGGGACUGGAGGUGCUCACGCCGACAUGGACUAUAACGCGAUCUCCCUGCCUCAACCUGAAGGCCAGCAACGUCCAGCAAGACAGGCGAUUAUUUUGCCCAGACCGGACAGUAAACCUCACAUGACGGACUUCAUCGUCAAAUCCACCAUCUUCUCUCGCUACGCGUUCACGGCCGUUUCAUGUACCAUGGUCAACCGCGCUCUGCGGGCCAAAGAUGCCGUCUUCAAGAUGCAGUUCCCAGCCUCUGCCUUCAUCUCCAACUUCACCAUGAUUAUUGGCAAUAAAGUGCAUCAGAGCGAAGUUUCAGGAAAAGCAAUGAAAUCGAAAGGGAAAGAAUAUUCUGGGAAAAAUGGAGAGAGUGAGGUGGAGGUCUUCACCGUGAUCGCAAAUCUGCCCGGCAGGACCAAGGUUUUGUUCCUUUUGACGUACGAGGAGCUGCUGGAGAGGCGUCUGGGAAAAUACACACACGCCAUCAGUGUUCGCCCAAAUCAAAUCAUUCCGAAGCUUCUGGUGGAGAUCCACUUGACCGAGAAUUCCGGGAUCACCUUCCUGGAGGUCGCCCCUCUGAGGGACAACAAUCACAGCGCCACAGGUCCACCUCCUCCAUCCACCAAGAUCAACAGAGACAAGACAUCAGCCCAUGUCAAGUUUAGACCGACCGUCAAACAGCAAGUUGGCAUUGCUGAGAAUGGAGCUCUGGGAGACUUCAUUCUUAGAUACGAUGUCAACAGGGAACUAGGCGCUGGCGAAAUACAGGUUCAGAAUGGGUAUUUUGUUCAUUAUUUUGCUCCAAAGGAUCUUCCCGCUGUGCCAAAGAAUGUGGUGUUUGUGAUCGACACAAGUGCCUCGAUGCGUGGACACAAGAUAAAACAGACUAAAGAUGCCCUCUUCACCAUCCUCAAUGACCUUCGACCUAUUGACCACUUCAACAUCAUCAACUUCUCCGGCCGUGUCAAGGUGUGGAAACAUGGUGGCCUGGUGCCAGUGACCCGAGACACCCUCCAAGAUGCCAGGAAGUACAUCUACCUCAUGUCACCUUCGGGAGGUACCAAUAUAAACGACGCGAUUGAGACGGGCUCAGAGUUGCUGAAGGGCUACAUCGGCCGGCAGGAUAAAACUCUUCGGAGAGUUUCUUUGAUCAUCUUCGUGACGGACGGCCGGCCGACCAUCUCGGUGGUCCAGCCUCGCCAGAUCUUGAGCAACACCAGGAAGGCCAUCGAGAAGCGGUUCUGCCUCUUCACGCUGGGGAUCGGGAGGGAUGUGGACUACCGGCUCCUGGAGCGCAUGGCUCUGGAUAACUGCGGGGCCAUGCGGCGUAUCAGGGAAGAUUCGGACGCCGGGGCCCAGCUGAAAGGCUUCUUCGACGAGAUCGGGACCCCGCUGCUCUCGGACAUCCGGGUGGACUACUCGGAAGAUGCGGUGGAGUACGUGACGCGGAGGUCCUUCCCCAACUACUUCAACGGCUCCGAGCUGGUGGUGGCGGGCAAGCUGGCCAAGGGCGCGGUCAACAACAGCAGCAGCAGCAACCUGCACGUGGCGGUCAGGGCCAGCAGCAGCGACAAGCAGCUCACGUUGGAGGCCGACGUGGCCAUCGGCGGCAGUCCCAGCACGGAGCAGGACAAGCACGGCCACUCCGACAUGAUCCAGAGAGCUUGGAGCUUCCUCACCAUCAAGGAACUGCUGCGGUCCCGCAUACAGAGCGACAGCAACAGCGACAAGGACACUCUGGCGGGCAAAGCCAGGAACCUCUCGCUGGAGUACAACUUCCUCACCCCCCUCACUUCCAUCAGGGUGGCGGGGACGGAGCAGGGCGCCGGCGCUGGCGAGGAGAAUCUCGCCGCGCAAGACCAGCGAAUGCAGAGUUUACACAGCAACAGUAAACCAGGCCGCAACUCCUUCGGCAAGAACAAGAAGACAGUGGUGGUUUCAAAAACAUCAGCUGAUGGUGACCCGCAUUUUAUCGCUGACUUCCCCUUGAGCAAGUUGUCCGUGUGUUUUAACAUCGACGGUCAGCCGGGGGAUGUACUUAGACUGGUGUCUGACCACGAGAACUCAGGUGUGACUGUAAAUGGACAACUGACCGGAGCUCCGGCCCCACCUGGUGGCCACAAGAAACAACGCACCUACUUCAGCGCCAUCACCAUAAUCGUCAGUAAACCGUCCCGGUCCUACAUCGAGAUCACUGCCCACAGGGUGAUCCUGGACGGCCGGGACAGGUUCGUCCUCUCGUGCGACAGGAGCAUCGAGGUGCAGAGCGACGGGCUGCUGGUGGCCAUCUCCGCCAGGUCCCAGGUCGCCGUGACCAUACAAGGUCACAUCUCCUUUGUCUUCCUCCUCCAUCAGUACAAAAACCCUGCUCCCUUUCAGAGGGAUCACCUCGGUUUCUACAUCCUCAACAGCCAAGGGCUAUCCUCCAGCGCCCAUGGUCUUUUGGGCCAAUUCCUACACAGCCGCGUCCAAAUCGUCGAGCUGUUCGCAAACGCAUCCGGCUCCGCUGGCCAGCGAGAUCGUGCCGCAGCCGGUGCCGACGGGGGUGUGGGGAUCGCAGGGACGGCAGCCUCACUCAGCAUCAAGGAUCGACUGGUGCCCGUGGUGUGGAAACAGCGCUGGAUUUACAACGGGAUGCACCAGGUGGACUGUUGGUUCGCUAAGAACAACGCUGCCCGCUUGAUCGACGGGUCGUACAAAGACUACCUCGCCUCGCAUCUCUUUGACACGACCACGUCCAACGCCAACCAACUCUAGCUUAAGCGCGCCUGGAUGGGCGCGUUAAGUCACCACUCUCUUGCUCAGGGCGUGUGAUAUUUCGUUGGCUUUUCACACAAAAAAUCUCAAAGCACGGUGCUCCGUUUCCUUGGUUACCGCAAAAGAUGUUCUGACAUUUCCUUAAAAUCUCAGCCUCCAGCCAAGCUUUUGUUAAGGUCCAGAAUAUUUAUCCCAUUCCCAAGCGAGCAGGCUGCUUUUCUCUGUGUUGGCCCCAUUAAAGGAAUUUGCAAUGAGGUCUCCGCCAAGAAACUGGCUUCCCUUUUGUAAUGAGAGUAUGGCGUGCGAUACGGUUUACACACGGCACUUAGACUGGGCAAGAUCUACCCUCAAUGAUCAUUUCCUAAACUUCUAGGAUAGAUUUAGCGCAGUUGAUAAAUUUGGGGGAGUCUGCAUCCUGGGGGCAUGAACAUUGAAUUCUCCCAAUUAUGUUGGCCCUUGCUGUCUCCUCCCCUUCCUAUCUCUCCCUCAGCCCUCGGCC